AUGGCCUUUCAUUUAUUACCCACAGAGGUCUUUGACCUGGUUGCGAUGCAACUGCCAACACGAGAUCAUUUUCAAUGCUUGCUUGUAAACAAGACUUGGUGCGACAUUUUUUUACCCGUGUUGUAUCGUUCAGUCCCCUUGACACACAAGUGCAAUAUUCUGCCGAUUCUUCGAAAUCCAGCACGUUCCAUUGGUCGACAUGUGCGAAAGCUCGUGGUGGAUGACGGCAUUUUGUCAUUGGAGGCAGUGGGUGAACUUCAAGCUUUGUGUCCACUUUUACGAGAGCUUGAAUUUUGUUGGCCGAGAGUGAGACGACCGAUUGUAGGCAGCAGCAGCAGCAGUAGUAGUAAUAGUGGCAGUGGCAAUCGUGGUGCCCAUUGUUCGCCUGUACCGAUAUUGGAAGCCAUUGAUACACGUGAGCUACGCACACUACGAUUGACAUGCAAUGGCGACACUGAGGCAGAGGAUGAUGAUGGUGAUGGCGAAGACGACGAAGACGAUGAUGAUGAUGAUGAUGAUGAACCAGUACCCCAUUUGAUGCGUCGAUUUCCACCACGAGGCAUGAUGGAAAGCCUCACGUUGCCAUCCAUUUUACAAUUUACAGCCCAUGUCGAAUCACUUUCAUUGAUCAAUGUGCUCCCGAUUUUACGUACCACAGAACUGGAUACGAUUCAUGCAGCUUGUCCACGUCUAAGGCAUUUAGUGGUGGAAGGAUCCAAUAUGGUAUUGACACCUAUUGUCACCGACAAAGUUCAUCCAAGCUUACACACAUUGCGUAUUACAUACCCCUCGGGUUGGUCACGUACAGAUUUAUGGAUCGAUUACAUUAUCACGCACUAUCCCAAUUUACGCUCACUUGAUUUGGUCAACACAUCCAAGGGCAGCUCUGUAAUACGACCUGUGUCACGUGGUCCCACCUCCCUGGAUCUUGCACAUCGUCCACUACCACAGCAACUAAGUCAUUUACGUCUUAUUCGGUUGGGUGACUAUGGCAACGAUGGUCAAUACUUGACACCUCUCACUUUAUUACCCGCAUUGUCGAAUGUCGAAAUCAAGAGUCAACGUCCAUGGCAUCCAGAUACCUGGUUACGUGCAGUGAAAGACCGAGUGGAUCAUCUUUCCAUUGAUUUGCCAGCUGAUUCCUUACCCUAUUAUGGUGACGCUAUACAGACGACGCUGAUGGUGCUUGGUGACUUUCAACGUCUUGUCGACUUACGUAUUGAUAUGACACGUCUGGGUGGUGUAUAUGACAUUUUAAUGCACGCGUGUCCGCCGACACUGAAGUAUUUGGCAUUACUCAAUGGUGUAUUUGAUUUCGUGCUGCCCGAUACAUCACUCCCAACAUUAGCAACAAAGUAUCCAAACAUCACACGACUCACCCUUGACAAUAUGCUGGUGCUCGAUAACGACAUGUUGACCUUUGCCAUCACUGUUUAUUGUCCCAACCUGAUCCACUUUAAUGCCAUCCAAUGUGUGUGGCUCUCAUGUUCACGCAACACCCCGGUCGUCAAUUUGGAUUUUGCCACACAUUCCUUUGCCAGUUUGUCUUUUUCGCAAUCUCGUAUGAUUACUCACGCCAAACGUCGUCAACAACAACAACAACAACAUUCUACUAGCAGUCCUAUACAAUGUUACGGCUUUGUUUGCGAUAACAAACCAUCACCAUCAUCAUCAUCAUCAUCAUCAAAAGAAAGUAUUGGUCGUAAACGACAACGUGCAAGCAGUAGUCAUAAUACACCAUGGUUCAUUACAUUGGAAGACAACAACAUGAAUAACGAGAAUGGCACAUCAUCACGUGCUACAGGAUUUAGGAUAGGAAAACAAGCGGAGGAAUGUAUCAUUAUCAAAUGCAAAGAAGCAAAACAAUUGUGGAUAGAGGGAUAUCAAGUGUAA